GGGGUGGGGGGCGGGUCCUGGGCUUCCCAGCAGACCCUGAGCCCUGGCCUCACCCUGGAGGAGUGGGGAGCAGGUGGUUCUAGCCAGCUCCUUCCCGCUCUGGGCCUCCUGGGCUGCUCAGGCCUUGGGCUGUUCCCCGGGUGGGUCAGCCUAGGGGCCAUAAGAAGGGGGCUGAGGUUCUUCACGGGACCAACAACCUGGGGGACAGAGCUUCUCAGCACAGCCCAGCCCCACACCUGACCAGGGGGUUGGAGAUGAGUCCUCUGUGGGCUCAGUAAAAGCUGGGCAUGGAGAGAAGAGGCCGUUCCUGGGGGGGAAGGGCUGGUGGGUGUCCUCCAUCCCUGACCCCCCAGACAUAGCUGAGCCCUUUGCUGGGCCUAGGGCCUGAGCUCUCCCUUCCCCCAGCAGCUCCCCCUCUUGUGGAUGAGACCUGUCCAGAUGACCUCCCCCCCAAUGUGCCUCUGUUGGGGCCCCCAGCUCCCUAAAGACCCAAACCUUCCCAUGGUUGGGGCCCAGGGAAUGAGGAUGCCUGUCCACCAGCCACCCCAGAGUGCCCCGCCCCCUCCUUGCGGGCCCUCACCCCCAUCCCCACUGGCUCAGUGUACUCCUGGUCAUCGCUCCCCUCUAUCCCCCCUGUCACGGGCUGGCUUUUUAGACCCCCUCUGGUCUGGAGCAAGCCCCGAAUGCCCAGGCUAGCCCCCUAGAAGCGGGUCCCAGGCAGGCGGGGUCUCCAUUCUCCAGGCACAUCCUGCAUGUCCCGCAGCCUCUGGGGGCAGAUCCUCCCUCCCCGAUCCCCCCACUUUGGACUUGUGGCCCAGUUUCUGGUCUUUGUACAAUCCUUUCUGUCCCCCCCCCUUUGGAAAUGGAGCCUUUUGGGUAACUGACAUUCUCAGUGUGUUCGUGUCUCCCAUCCCAAGGGAGGAUGGGAGAAUAAGGAUGAUGAUGGAGCUCCCGGCUUUGUCCUGUGUGGUCCCUUGUGGUGCCUGGAAACCCUAUUCACCAGCCCCCUGUCUCCCCAACAGCCUCAGCUGCCCAGCAACGCUUCCUCCGCUCCAGACCUCUCAGGGUCCCUGCCUUGCGCCCUCCUUGUCCCUGGCCCGUAAGGAAGCUGGUCCCAAAGCCUUGAAGGCUUAGAACCGGAAGGGUCUCCCAAGACCACCAAGUCCAGCAUCAUCCAGAUGAGAAACUGAGGCCCUGGGUUUCCCCACUUGGAUGCUCUCAAGGAGGGGGCAUUCAGGCUUAUGACAGCCCGAGUCCAGCUGGGUCCAGUACUUCCCAGCGGGUCCAUCUCUCAGGGCCCGGGGCCCUCUGAGUCAUUCAGGGAAUCAGCUCGAAGGGGCUUUGAGGGCAUCUAGUUUAAUGCCAGGGCAAUACAUUACUGCUGUGUGGCCAUCUGGCCUCUGCUAGGAGUCCUGAGCAUGGGGAGCUCACUACCUCUCAGGAGUCCACUGCAUCUGGGCAUAGCUAUUUAAGUGUUCUCUGCCACUGAGCUCAAAUCUGCCACUUCCUUCUGUUGCUUUUCAAACCCCAUCUGAAGGGCUCCUUUAUCAUCCCCUGCCUCACACCCCCAGGUCCUUCCAAGGCUGAGAAAAUGGCCCCCAGUUCAGGAGCAUUUAAAAGUACACAGACAGCUCUCCUCAUGAGGCCCCCACGCGGGUGAGGUUUGCAAACACGCUGGGACGGGGGAGAGAGCCAGGGCCGGGUCCCAGUGCUUUCCCAUUACACCCGCCGGGCUGGAGUCCCCAGCCCUAGCCAGUGCUCUUGGCUGUCUCUCUAAGCUCUUCACGAGGGAGAGCUUUGACUACGGAUGCUCCCCAAGAUCUAAGCUGGGGGUGACCUCAGAGGGCAUCUCGUCAAACCCCUUCAUUUCACAAAUGAAGAAACCGAGGCUCUGGGGGGACUCAAGCUUGGGGCCACAUAGAUGAGACCUUAGCACCUUAGAUCUAGAACUUGGAUCAAUCUCCUGGUCAGAUGGGGAAACAGGACCAGAGAGGUUGAGAACUCUGCCCAGGGUAAUGUGAGAGCAGAGGGUUAGAACAGGACCCUCAUUCUGCAGAGGAUGAAGCUGAAGGUCUGAGUGGAAGGAGCCCAGGGAGUGAGUGGCUGAUGGGCCUUUAAGGCUGAGCCACUUGGGACUUGUGUCAGGGGCACGGUCAUCUCUGGGUGAGCUCUGCCCCUCAGUGUGGCCUGCCGGGGCUCAGGGUCUCCUCUACCCCAUGAGGAGGUGCUGGAUGGGAGGCCCAGAACUGGACACGUUCCUAUGGGUGGCAUCUGGCCAGGUCAAGGGAUGGUGGAGCUAUCACCCCCCCCCCCCCACUCCAAGACUUUAUAUACCUAGCAAGGAAGUCUCAGGUCCAGCUUUUGUAGCUGCCACAUCAGUCUCAGAUUGAACUUGUGUUCUACUAAGACCCCCAGAUCAUUUUCAUGUGAAUCAUUGUCCAGACAUACCUCUGUCCUGGACUUAUAUGGUUGAUAUUUUGAGCCUCGGUUUCCCACAUUUUGGCUUGUCUCUUCAUCCCCCUCCUUCCUAUCCCACUCCUCCCCAGCCCCCACUGGCUGUUUUCCUAUUUCCUGUGGGCCGAUGGGUGGGGAGGGGCGGGCCUCUGCCUUAUCUCUGCCUGCCUUACUCUGACCGCUGUUCCCUGAAGGGCUCACUGUGGGGAGGCCAGCCUGUCCACUCCCUAUCCUCUUCCAUCCACUCUGCCCUGCCAGCAAGGGGCCAUGGGAUUUGGGCUGUUGCUGGGGGCCCGGGCCUUGGGCCUCCUGCUGUUGGCCUCUGUCCCCCAGGCCUCGGUCCCCCAGCCCCCGGUCUGUCCCGUUCCCUGUCGCUGUGCCGGUGGCCUGGUGGACUGCGGGCACCAGCACCUGACUGUGGCCAGCCUGCCAAAGGCCUUCCCUCUGAGCACCACGGAGAUCAACCUCCAAGCCAACAACCUGAGCAGCGUGCCCGCCGGGCUCUUCGACGGGCUGCCCUCCCUGCACCUGGUGCACCUGGCGGCCAACCCCUGGCAGUGUGACUGUGGCUUACUCUACCUGUGGGCCUGGCUGGGGGGCCAGCAGGAUCGCAGGCCCUAUCGCGACCUGCGCUGCUCUGGGCCCCGCCACCUGCAGGGCCGCCUCCUGCUCUACCUGGGCCCUGAGGAGCUGCAGGCCAGCUGCAGGCUGGCGGGCUGCAGCCAGGCGCUGGGGGUCCAGCUUGCUCUCCUCUGCCUGCUCCUGCUGCACCUCCUGUUGCUGCUAGUCCUGCUGCUGCGGCUCUGGCGUUACCGGGCACUGGCCCGAGAGACUCAGCUCACUGCUCAGGAUCUGCUGCAGACCAUGCCUUUGGUGCUCCAGACCCCCUGACCUGAGCCCCUGCCCAGCCCAGCCAGCUCCACCCUGACUGAGGCUAAUGCCCCCCUAACCUAACCUGAGCAAAGGCCCAGGCCUGUGCCCUUUGACCCACCUAAGGCUCCUGCCAUGCCCUGCUGGGGGCCAAUGCCCCCCUAACCUAACUUUACCAAAGGCCCAGGCCUAUGUCCCUUGGCCCACCUAAGACCCCUGCUCAGCCUGGCUGGCUCCACUCUGCCUGGGGCUAAUGCCCCUAUGAUCUGACAUGAGCAAAGGCUCAGGCCUGCUCCCCUUGACCCAUCUAAUGCAUCUGCCCUGCUUGGGGCCAAUGCCCCCCUAACCUAACCUGAGCAAAGGUCCAGGCCUGUGCCCCUUGGCCCACCUAAGACCCUUGCCCAGCCUGGCUGGCUCCACCCUGCCUGGGGCUAAUGCCCCUCUGAUCUGACAUGAGCAAAGGCCCAGGCCUGCUCCUCUUGACCCACCCUUAAUGCCCCUGCUCUGCCUGGCAUUGGCGCCAAGGAGCAUACCCCACAGCAAGGGGCACCCAUCUCCCUUGCCUCCCUAGCCCUGAGCUCAGGACCUGUGUGACAGGCCCCCACUGCUGACUUUCAUCCUCGGGAGCAGAGGAGAGGGAGGCAGGGGGCAAGGACUGCACAAUCACAGGCCUCAGGGCUCCCUCUGGUGGGAACUGCCCGAGGCCUGAGGUCUUCAGCAAGGCCUCAUCUCCAGGGUGGCCACAUCCUGCACACCUGCUUCUUUCCCCAGGCUCAUGGGCUCUCUGACCCUCUGCCAACCUCCUCUGUAGCUCCCCCUCGGUUACCCCCAUCCCUCAGAAGAGGGCACAGAUGCUCCGGGUGUCACAUCCACUAGGGACACAGAGAGGUGGUCAUGUGUCCUGAGGAGGCCACCAGGCUGGCGAUGGGACCUGAAGUGCCUCCCCCAAGGAGGAGCCAUCGAAGGAAGACUGGGGGGAGGGGGACAGGGGGUGACUCUGUCCAAGGAUCCGAAGAGCUUGGGCCCUAGAGCAGAGCCAGGAGGAGGGGGUGGGGGCUGGCUGAGGGGCAGAGUCCUCACAAGGAGAGCUGCCCCAGGAGGAAGGGGUGGCUUCCCCAGGAUGGGAGGCCUUCAGGAGAAGCUGGAGACUCAUUUUUCAGGGAGUGCUGGAACAAGGUCUCAUCAGCAAUGGUUGAGAUUCGGAGAGGACAGCUGCAUGUCCCAGAUCUGCCAGAGCCUUCUAGCAGACACCCCGUCAGACACUGGCCUGGCCAGCCCUACCAUGCUGCAACUGAACGGUUGUCCCCACCUGGUGACAGGUGAUGGGUCACAUCACAGAGAAUCCAGAGGGCCAGCGUGGCCCACAGCACAGACCCUGAAGGAGACCCCGGGUCUCUAAGUGAGGGGGUUAGUCUAAGCUCUGUCCCGGGCCUGCUGGCCUGGGUCCCAUCCAGAACAUGGGUGAGAUUGGAGGAGGGGGUCAAGACAACUUCGUCAGGCUCCCAGGGGAUGCAGAGAGGAGCCGGACCCAGAAAAUGGGCCAGAAUCUGCUACAGUUCUUUGAGAAGCUCCAUCCUCCAGCUUGGGAAGAAGCAUGUGUGUGUGGUGGGGAGUGUGUGUGUGGGGGGAAUUAAUAAAAGAAAUCAC